CACGGGUUUGUCACAAUAAUUUCACUUAUUUAUAUCAUUGGGCUAUCAAAUCCUUUCUUUAGUAAUAAGUGUGGCCAGAACAUUGUAAUAGCUGUAUUAUUAUGUCAAAUUAUAACUUUUAUCACAGAGUACAGACUUUAAGUUGAUCCAUCAUCAGUCUUGCAGUAUAGACCUCAAUCAUAAUCAGAAUGGAUGUACUAAGGCCCCAGAUAAUAAGGAUAGGGGACCGCUGUUACAGGAAAAACCCCACACUGGACAGAGACUUCAACGCCCUAGAGGAGGAAGAGUAUGAAGAAUCAACAAUCCAGUGUGAUAGCUGGAAUGAUGAAACGUGCGACACAUUUAACAUCGAGGAGACAGAUCGUGGAUAUCAGACCUCUGUCAAUCUACCCAGUGCCUUCUUCAAACACAUCAUUGGCAGAAAGGGAGAGACGAAACGUCGGCUCGAGAUCGAGACUAAAACACAGAUCAGAAUUCCCAGGGAGGGGGUAGAAGGCGAGAUAGUGAUCACUGGACCGGAGAGGAAGGGCGUGGUCUCAGCUAAGACGAGGAUCGACGUUAUUGUGGACUCUGUACGACGGAAAGAGCCCUUCACCCACUUCCUGUCUCUCCCGGUGAACUCGCAGCCAAUCAGAGAGAGGUUCCUGGAGUUUCAGGAGGAUGUCUUAAGGAAAUGUGAUAGUGAUAGAGGUAUAGAUCCAACCAUAUUCCAGAAGCCUGAGAAACUACAUCUAACCAUUGGGACGUUAGCCCUCCUCAAUAAACACGAAAUACAACAGGCUCUGGAUACACUGGAGGACUGUAAACAGAGUCUCAUUGAACCCAUCCUGAGGGGUGAACCUCUGACUGUGAGGGUGCAGGGGCUGGAAUACAUGAACGAUGAUCCCAGCUCAGUGGACGUCUUGUACGCAAAGAUUCAGGCAGGGGAGCAGGCAGAGAGGCUUCAAAUACUUGCUGAUCGAUUAGUUGACCGAUUUUCCACUACUGGUCUAAUGCAGCAGGAAUACAGUCGAGUCAAGCUACACCUCACUGUAAUGAAUACACUGAUGAGGCGUGACCCAACCUCAAUACCCGGAGAAAGGCCCCCCGAGGGAAAGCGUGGUUACAAAGAGAGAGAGUCUUUUGAUGCUAUGAAUGUGAUGAAGAACUUUGAGCUCUAUGAUUUUGGGAACUACACAGUGAAUUCCCUCCAUCUUUCCCAGAGACAUGGAGCAGGAAAAGAUGGUUACUAUGUAUGUGCUGGAUCAGUGUCGUUACCAUGACUACCAGAAACCAUGUGACAUAUUGUUGUGAUCACUAACUCCCAUUUUAGUUAAUAAGAUUUUGUUAAAUAUAUUUCUGGGUUGUUUUCUUUUUCAUAGCUACAAGUAUAUAUACAAUGUAAUUACAUUUAAAGCUGACAUGAAUUCAUAAAUAUGCAUUAUUUCCCUUUUAUCUCCGACUACUGCCAUAUUAGUUGUCGAUUUUUAUUGUUCUGCUCAUCGCUACACACCCCCUAUAUAAGGCCGAUAGAACUAUUCAUGCUUCAUCGCAUUCAGGUAUUUCAUGCACCCGAACACGUUACCUUGGAUGAAAAGACGCGUAAAAACAAGUUUUGAACAAAAAUAAAUAUGACAACCACUGCACGGGCAAGGAAUAUCCAAUAGACGACGAAACAAGACAGACUGAAAAUCAGGCACAGAUACUUCCAUUUACAAAAAAUCCUUGAUAAUUGAAGACCGUUUUCCUGUGCAUGUUAUAGCAUCGCACCUGCGCAAACCACACACAGGCAGAUCGAGCAAUGUCAAUGAUCGCAUGGAUUUUAGAAACAUUUUUAGGAGCAUUUUUGUACAAACCGAUGAAAACGAUGUUACGUUGUUACUUUCUUGGAUUUACCAUCAUUUAUUUACUGUGUUGGAUGUAGUGCUUCAGGGGUUUUCAAAAAGAUGCAAACGCUAUACACUAGCUAUGUAUGAAUGACACACGUGUUCGAUGUGCAUGCGAAGUAAGGCAGCACUUUCUUUUUUAAAAGAAUAAAUAUAUUUUUUAUUUUAUUCCUUGUUGUUUCCUAUUAUAUUCUUCAUUACAUUUUACUGCAAUGUGUAGUUUAUGCAUUUAGAAGUCCGUGGAACCUGAAUGUCUCGAUCGGAAAGCAACCGACUGUAACUUUCUCGCCCGGUAUAUAUACCCCAGUGGUAGUAGAGGAGCUAUCUAAACUAACAUGGGCGACCAAUUGCUUUAUGAGUUCAUUUCAGCUUAAAUAAACAAGAACAAAUUGAUUUUUUCUCAAAAUAACAUUUAUUAAAGGCACAAUAACAAAUUAUCUAUAACCACUUGCAGGAUUAUUAUAAAACAACUGCUUGAAACAAACGUCCACAUCAAAAAAAGAAAAGGUGCACAAACUUCUGAAUGAUUAUAUAUUGGCAUCAAAGUUAAAAGGAAUUUGUGCUGAAGCUUAUUUUCCUACACUGAAAAAGGAGAAAGAAAGUGAGUUUUGAAUUUAGUUUCAAUAAUUAUGCAUAUUUCCUAAACUUAAUAUUUAAUUUUCCUGCAAGAACUUUAAAAUUAGUACACUGUACUAUUGAUUAUCAUCGAAACUUAGUUUGCCUUUGUUUGGUUAAGCAUUAUUACUAAUUUUCUCAUCAUGAAUCAUCUUCAAUAAGCCUGUGUACAUGUAUAUGUCCCAAUGGUCUAUUCCAAGAGACUACAUGUUUUUGUUCAAGUAAAAAAAAAUAAUGGCCUGUUAUUUUCAUUUUAAAUAGUGCAGUAAAAACUUGCAUGUCAAGUAUAUACUUAGCCUAAUACUGCCGUCAUGAUUGUAAACAGUACCAAGUCAUAAAUUUAUAAUAUCACAGUUUUCUGUGUAUACAAACCAAUCUAAACCUAGGUUUAAAAGAAGAGAAAUACAGUCGCAUAAUAAUAAUUCAACAAAUAAAUAAUAACAAAAAUGUAUACAACUGGAUUGACUAUAAAUAUUACAUUAAAUCAAUUUUUUUCAAAAAUAUUAAUAAUAAAAAAGUAAAUGUAGGUUAAUUUGGAAAACGACGCACUAAAAUAAAAACUUUUUUGCUAUAAAGUGUUUUGGAUUUCAUUUAAACCAACACAAGAAUCAUAAAAGGGAUUAAUGUCUGCAAAAUGAAAUAAAAUAGGAUAAAUAAUUACAAUUCAAAUUUAUCAAAUACAUGCAUGUACAUUGAAUAAAAUUAUUUUGUGUAAACAUGUAAAAGUUAUACAGGUACAAAACAUUCUGUAAAAUAUACAAAGUGAACAUUGCAAUUGUAACGAGAAAGCCAUGUACACACACUGGAGGCGUAGAUUUUAGGUCAUAUAUCAACUGUCCAAAUACUCGGACACAAAUCAGGCAUCCUCGUUAAGGGCAUCAACAGAGUAUUAACUUGUCAUAAAAUUACAGCAUAUCAUAUAUUACAUAUCAUCAUAUAAAAUGUGACAAAACAAACAAUAAAUAAUUCAAACUUGCAUCAAACAGUUAUUACACGCCAUCUUGUGGUUUACUGAAAAAAGAAACUUUGUUGUUCAUUCAUGCGAGGUUCGCUACAGUAAAAUAGUAUACUAGCUCAUAAUGGAUUGUGUAUAUGGUCAAUCCUAAAUUGAAAUCUCUAAAAGUUUGUCUCUCAUCUAAAUA